AUGAAGGUUAUUUUCGUGGUCGCUUUAGUUUUCGCAGUGGCGUACUCUGCCGAUGAGAAGAAUGAAGCGGAAAAAUCAGAAGACAGGCCCAAAAUUUUCAAAAGGCUUAUCCCUGCAGACGUACUAAGAGAUUUUCCUGGAAUGUGCUUUGCUUCCAACCUUUGCGCCCCUGUAGAAGUUGGCAAAACCUGGGAACUGAUCAAAUUCUGUGGCAGAUCAACCUGCUUACGUGAACGAGUCAAACCACCACAGGGUCUAGUAGAGUUGAUUGAAGAUUGCGGACCUCUCCCAUGGGCCAACCCCAAAUGCAAAUUGGAUGAAGAAAAAACCAACAAGAGCGCUGCCUUCCCAGAUUGCUGCCCACAGUUCAUAUGCGAAGAAGGAGCUAAAUUGGAGUUCCCCGAAACAACUGAAUUUCCAUUU